GCUGCACUAAUACUACUGCUGAAUUGGUGCGUUAAGGAUUUGCCUUUUCCCAAUUUCUUUACUUGCCUAACAGACAUUAUGAGGAGACUGGCUUUUCGUGGUGCUGGUUGUACUCUGAAGAAGUUGGAUUCCAUGGGUUCCAAGAGGCGAAGGGCUACCUCUCCUUCCAGCAGUGUCAGUGGAGGAGAUUUUGAUGAUGGCCACCACUCCACAAACACACCAGGCCCUAGUAGAAAGAGGCGGCGGCUUUCCAACCUCCCAACUGUUGAUCCUAUUGCAGUGUGUCAUGAAUUAUACAAUACAGUCAGAGAUUACAAAGAUGAACAAGGCAGGCUUCUAUGUGAGCUUUUCAUUAGAGCACCCAAACGAAGAAAUCAGCCAGAUUACUAUGAAGUGGUUUCUCAGCCUAUUGAUUUAAUGAAAAUCCAACAAAAGCUAAAAAUGGAGGAAUAUGAUGAUGUGAACCUGCUAACUGCUGACAUCCAGCUGCUAUUUAAUAAUGCGAAAUCCUACUAUAAGCCAGAUUCUCCUGAACAUAAGGCUGCCUGCAAACUGUGGGAUUUAUAUCUACGCACAAAAAAUGAAUUUGUUCGAAAGGGAGAUGCUGAGGAGGAGGAGGAAGAGGAGGAUGGCCAUGACAAUCAAGGGACAAUUUCUGAAAUAUCUUCUCCAGGUCAUUUAAAAGAGAUUCUUGAACAGCUUCUUGAUGCGGUAGUUGUAUCCACAAAUCCAUCAGGCCGCCUCAUUAGUGAGCUUUUUCAGAAGCUUCCCUCUAAAGUGCAAUAUCCUGACUAUUAUGCAAUAAUUAAGGAGCCCAUAGAUUUGAAGACUAUUGCCCAGCGGAUACAGAAUGGAAGUUAUAAAAGCAUUCAUGCAAUGGCCAAGGACAUAGAUCUGCUAGUUAAGAAUGCCAAAACCUACAAUGAGCCUGGGUCUCAAGUAUUCAAGGAUGCAAAUGCAAUUAAAAAAAUAUUUAAUAUGAAAAAGGCGGAAAUUGAGCAUUCGGAAUUGACCAAAUCAAGUCUUCGAGUCAGGACUGCAAAUUUGGCUGCUUCCAAGCUGACAGGUCCUUCCUCACAGGGUAAAGGCCAUGUGGUCGAUGAGAGAAAUUCUGCUAAUAAAUAUUACCGUAACAAAAGAGCUGUCCAAGGAGAUCGUUUAUCAGCAAUAACUAUGGCACUGCAAUAUGGAUCUGAAAGUGAUGAAGAUGCUGUUCUGGCUGCUGCUGCUCGUUAUGAAGAAGGGGAAUCUGAAGCCGAGAGCAUUACAUCUUUUAUGGAUACUUCCAGUCCUCUUUAUCAGCUUUAUGAUACAGUUAGAAACUGCCGGAACAACCAGGGUCAGCUCAUAUCGGAACCUUUUUUCCAUUUGCCCUCCAAGAAAAAAUAUCCUGAUUAUUAUCAGCAAAUCAAAAUGCCUAUUUCAUUGCAGCAAAUCAGAACAAAACUGAAGAACCAUGAAUAUGAAACACUUGACCAUUUGGAAUGUGAUCUCAACUUGAUGUUUGAAAAUGCCAAACGUUACAAUGUUCCAAAUUCGGCUAUUUAUAAAAGAGUGUUGAAAAUGCAGCAGGUUAUGCAGGCAAAGAAGAAGGAGCUAGCUAGAAGAGAUGAAAUUGAGGACGGGGACAGUAUGAUCUCUUCUGCCACGUCUGAUGCUGGAAGUUCAAAAAGAAAAAGCAAAAAAAACAUAAAGAAGCAGCGAAUGAAAAUUUUAUACAACGUUGUUAUUGACGCACGCGAGCCAGGCACUGGCCGAAGGCUGUGUGAGCUGUUUAUGGUUAAACCUUCCAAAAAAGACUAUCCAGAUUACUACAAAAUCAUCUUGGAACCAAUGGAUUUAAAGAUUAUAGAGCAUAACAUCCGUAGUGACAAGUACUCAGGGGAAGAGGGAAUGAUAGAAGAUAUGAGACUAAUGUUCCGAAAUGCAAGGCAUUAUAAUGAAGAAGGCUCACAGGUAUACAAUGAUGCUCAUAUCCUGGAGAAGAUUCUUAAAGAAAAAAGAAAAGAGCUGGGACCCCUGAUUGAAGAUGAGGAGGUUGCUUCCCCAAAAGUGAAAUUAAGUAGAAAAACUGGUAUAUCCCCUAAAAAAUCAAAAUACAUGACUCCAAUGCAACAGAAACUUAAUGAGGUGUAUGAAGCAGUGAAGAACUACACAGAUAAGAGAGGUAGAAGGCUGAGUGCUAUUUUUCUAAGACUUCCAUCUCGGUCAGAGCUUCCUGACUACUACCUGACCAUUAAAAAACCAGUUGAUAUGGAGAAGAUCAGAAGUCACAUGAUGGCCAGCAAGUACCAGGACAUUGAUGCCAUGGUCGAGGAUUUUGUAAUGAUGUUCAAUAACGCCUGCACUUACAAUGAACCAGAAUCUUUGAUUUACAAAGAUGCCCUGGUUCUGCAUAAAGUUUUGCUUGAGACCAGAAGGGACAUAGAAGGUGAUGAAGAUUCUCAUGUCCCCAAUGUGACACUGCUGAUCCAGGAACUUAUACAUAAUCUUUUUGUCUCUGUCAUGAGUCAUCAGGAUGAUGAGGGCAGGUGCUAUAGUGACUCCUUAGCUGAAAUUCCUGCUGUUGACCCCAGUUUCCCAAACAAAGCACCCCUGACUUUUGAUAUAAUACGGAAAAAUGUAGAAAGUAACCGGUACAGAAGAUUGGACUUGUUCCAAGAGCAUAUGUUUGAAGUGCUUGAGCGAGCAAGGAGGAUGAAUCGGACUGAUUCAGAGAUUUACGAGGACGCAGUGGAACUACAGCAGUUCUUCAUCAAAAUCCGUGAUGAACUCUGCAAGAAUGGAGAGAUCCUGUUAUCACCAGCUCUCAGCUACACCACCAAACAUCUUCAUAAUGAUGUAGAAAAAGAAAAGAAGGAAAAACUCCCAAAGGAAAUGGAGGAGGACAAACUGAAAAGAGAAGAGGAGAAGAGAGAAGCUGAAAAGAGUGAAGAUUCUUCUGGAGGAUCAACACUGUCUAGUUUACACAGGACAUACAGCCAAGAUUGCAGCUUUAAGAACAGCAUGUAUCAUGUUGGAGAUUAUGUAUAUGUUGAACCUGCAGAAGCCAAUUUGCAACCUCAUAUAGUCUGUAUUGAACGACUGUGGGAAGAUUCAGCUGGAGAAAAAUGGUUGUAUGGCUGCUGGUUUUACCGACCAAAUGAAACAUUCCAUCUUGCUACCCGGAAGUUUUUGGAGAAGGAAGUUUUCAAGAGUGACUAUUACAACAAAAUUCCUGUGAAUAAAAUUCUAGGCAAAUGUGUGGUCAUGUUUGUUAAGGAGUAUUUUAAACUGUGUCCAGAAAAUUUUAGGGAUGAAGAUGUCUAUGUUUGUGAAUCACGCUAUUCUGCAAAGACAAAAUCUUUUAAGAAAAUAAAAUUGUGGACUAUGCCAAUUAGCUCUGUGCGGUUUGUCCCUCGAGAUAUGCCCUUGCCUGUGGUCCGGGUUGCGUCAGUCUUUGCUAAUACAGACAAAGUUGAAGAAGAAAAACAUACUGAAACAUUAGAGGAAAACAAAGUGGGAGACAAUGUCCUUAGCCUUGAAAAGGAUAAAGAAGAUGUUCCAGUAGAAAUGGCUAAUGGAGAACCUGGCUGUCACUACUAUGAACAACUUUGUUACAAUGAUAUGUGGCUGAAAGUUGGGGAUUGUGUGUUCAUAAAAUCACAUGGCUUAGUCCGACCAAGAGUUGGCAGAAUAGAAAAAAUGUGGGUAAGAGAUGGAGCUGCAUAUUUCUUUGGGCCAAUCUUUAUACAUCCGGAAGAAACUGAACAUGAGCCAACUAAAAUGUUUUAUAAGAAGGAAGUUUUUUUGAGUAACCUGGAAGAGACUUGUCCCAUGACUUGCAUUUUGGGAAAGUGUGCCGUGUUGUCUUUCAAAGACUUCCUGUCCUGCAGGCCAACCGAGAUUAAUGAAAAUGAUGUUCUCCUCUGUGAAAGCCGCUAUAAUGAAAGCGACAAACAGAUGAAGAAAUUUAAGGGAUUGAAAAGGUUUUCUCUCUCUGCAAAAGUAGUAGAUGAUGAAAUUUACUACUUCAGGAAGCCCAUCGUUCCUCAGAAGGAGCCGUCUCCACUGCUUGAAAAGAAGAUUCAGCAGCUAGAAGCAAAAUUUGCUGAACUGGAAGGAGGUGAUGAGGACAUUGAAGAGACUGGCGAAGAGGAAGGUGAAGUUGCAGAAGCUCCAGCUAUUCCUCAGCUUCAGACUCCAUUGUCUAAUGAACUAGAUAUAAUGCCAUACACACCACCACAGUCCACUCCCAAGUCUGCCAAGGGUAGUGUAAAGAAGGAGGGAUCAAAAAGGAAGAUCAACAUGAGCGGUUACAUCCUAUUUAGUAGUGAAAUGAGAGCAGUUAUCAAAGCUCAACACCCAGACUAUUCUUUUGGAGAACUCAGUCGUCUUGUUGGAACGGAGUGGCGAAACUUGGAAGCAUCCAAGAAAGCAGAAUAUGAAGAGCGGGCAGCUAAGGUUGCUGAGCAGCAGGAGAGAGAGAGAGCAGCACAGCAACAGCAGCAGAAUUCUUCCCCCCGGGCAGGGACUCCUGUGGGGGCUCUUAUGGGGGUGGUGCCGCCACCAACACCAAUGGGGAUGCUCAAUCCGCAGUUGACACCUGUUGCAGGCAUGAUAGGUGGCUAUCCACCAGUGCUGCCACCUUUACAAGGCCCAGUUGAUGGCAUUGUUAGCAUGGGCAGCAUGCAGCCACUUCACCCUGGGGUGCCUCCACCCCUCCAACUUCCACCAGGCAUGCCAGGCAUCCCACUUCCGGGUGUUAUAGGCCAAAAUGUUUCUUCCAUGGUAGGAGCCCAAGCCCCAGGAAGCCCAUUUGGACAGCAGAUGGGUAUCCUUGGCCCUCCAGGCCAACAGGCACCACCACCCUACCCUGGUCAAAAUCCCACAACUCAGCAGGUUGUUCAGCAGCCUACAACUCCUAUGUUUGUCUCCCCUCCGCCAAAGACACAGAGGCUUCUUCACUCUGAGGCUUAUCUAAAAUACAUUGAAGGUCUAAGUGCUGAUUCAAGUAGCAUUAGUAAGUGGGACCAGACCCUUUCAGCACGAAGGCGUGAUGUCCAUCUCUCAAAAGAACAAGAGAGCCGUCUUCCUACGCACUGGUUGAAGAGCAAAGGGGCCCAUACGACAAUGGCAGAUGCACUGUGGCGCCUCCGAGACUUGAUGUUGAGAGAUACUCUUAAUAUCCGUCAAGCGUACAACAUAGAAAAUGUUUAACUUUUUGAUACCAACAUAUAAAGAGUUCGUGGAACAAUAGCAGUUUUAGUUAUUGGUGGGGGUGGGCAAACUGUUUUUAUUGCAUCUUACUGUACAUUGCAAGAUUUUUUUUUAUAUAAGGACACUUUUAAUAAGUAUAUUUCACUUUUUGUUAUAUUAUGUUGACUUUUCUUAAAUAUACAGACUUGUGCAUAUGGUUCUUUGACUUGGAAGAUGAUCUCAUAUUUGGUUAUAAAUGCAAAACAAGGUUUCAUCCUUUUCUUUACCCUGAGAUUUCUGAUGCCAUUGAUUUUUUAAAAAACAAAAGAGUGUUUACAGUUUCGCGCAGAAAAAUGUGAAAUCGCUCCUGGUUAACAUCUUAGCAGAAUGAGCAUCCCUGUACUUGUGUGGGUAGUUACUUCUGGCAGAUACAUCACAUGAACUAAACUACUUGCUCUAAAUAAAACUGUUAGGCUGUGGAGGGUAUGGGAAUC